GCAUGCAAUCUCUGUCACGUAAACACCAUGACGGAGGAGUCCCACUCCCAUCUCCUCCUCACGGGUCGGGAAGCACGGGGAGAUGGAGGCAUCAUGGCGACUCCAGCAGACUCUUCCCUCCCCAACAGCCUCAUUUCAACGACGUUACUCGCCGCCACGCGCCUGCGCCGAAUUCUACAGCGGGGGCGGGGCGAACUCAAGUGGCAGUUGGGCAGCAGCUGGACGGCGCGAGCCAAUGAAAGGGCGCCUGUGUGGCCGCGCGGCCUACCCACCGCUCCGCCUCAGUACCGUCGCCUGGCGCCUUCAGCCGCCGCCUCCCCCCUCCUGCGCGCGCGCCACAGUCUCCGGCAUCCCUCUCGACCCUGGCUUGUGAGAGCAGCCGCCAUUGUAGGGAAGCGCCCCUCUCACUCCGUAGCCGUUGUUUUCUCCCGGGAAUACUGGAGCUUACAGUCUGAAAUAUGUGUAGUGUUAUGCAAGUUGACAACAGAAAAAUGGACAUGUUGAAGAUCCUGCGUAAAACAACAGAGCGUUUGGAAUGUGACCACUGCAGUUUCAGAGGGUCUGACUAUGAAAACAUACAGAUUCAUAUGGGUACUAUCCACCCCGAGUUUUGUGAUGAAAUGGAUACAGCAGGACUGGGGAAACUUAUAUUUUACCAGAAAAGUGCAAAGUUGUUCCACUGCCACAAAUGUUUUUUUACCAGCAAAAUGUAUUGCAAUGUUUAUUAUCACAUCACAGCACACCAUGCAAUGCCUGACAAAUGGAAAGAAGAGCAAAAAGAUUUGUUAGCAACAGGUGCAGAAACUGUAAAGAAACCUCUGUUUGUGGAACCUCAGAAGUCUUCUCCAUCUCCUGAGUCACUGAAACCCACUGUUUCUCCUGAAUCUCAGAAGCUGGCUCCCUCUGAACCCCUCAAGCCUGAGGUUGGGUUAUCUUCCAAGAUACAAAAGCCCAUCUCAGUUGUAUCCAUGGAGCAACCGAAGGUUGCUCCAGUUGCAUGCCCAGAGCCACAGAAACCCAUCUCUGUUGCAUCAUCAGAGCUUCCAAAACCUAUUCCAGUGGUGUCAUCAGAGCCAUUGAAACCAGUCCCUUUUGUGGCUCCAGAGCCCCUGAAACCCACUCCAGUGGAGUCCUCAGAUGUAUCAAAACCUGUAUCUACUAUCUCCCCUGAGCCACAGAAGCCUGGCACAGCCACAUAUGUUGAGCCACAGAAACCCUUCCCUAAUGUACAUCCAGAAUUGCAUGUAUCUAUCUCAGAGUCAGAGAAGCCUGCACCACCUGUUUCUCUAGAACCACAAAAACCCCUACAACCUGUAUCCCCAGAACCUCAGAAGUCUGCUGUGCCUGCAUCUCCACCUGUGGCUGCAUCUGAACCACAGAAAUUUGCUUCAACUGUGUCUCCUGAGCCUCGCAGGCAUUCUCCGGCUGUGUCUCCUGAGCCUCGCAGGCACUCUCCAGCUGUGUCUCCUGAGCCUCGCAAGCACUCUCCGGCUGUGUCUCCUGAACCUCGCAGGCACUCUCCAGCAGUGUCUCCUGAGCCCCGCAGGCACUCUCCGGCUGUGUCACCUGAGCUAAAGAAAUCUACAUCUGCUAUAUCGUCAGAAACUCGCAGGCAUAUUCCUCCGAUGCGGAGACCUGCUUCAGCGCUUUCCCCUGAACUAAGGAAACCUGAACCACCAAUACCAGAUCAUUGGAGGUCUGCUCCUAGUAUUGCUCCAGAACCCUGGAGGAAUGCUCCUAAUAUUUCCCACGAACAACAGAAGUCUUCUAUUACUGUGUCACCUUGGUCCCCCAAACCUCCCACAUCUAUGUCAAUGGAGUCCAGGAGGCCUGCCUCAGAACCUCGAAGACCAGGUUCUUUGAUGUCCCCAGAGCCUCAGAAGUUUGUGCCAGAGCCUUGGAAAUCUACUUCCUUGCCUGAGUCUCAGAAAUCUAGUCUUGUUUCCUCAGAGCCCUGGAAACCCAUUUCUUCUGUUUAUCCUGAAGGCUGGAAACCUGUCUUGUCUCCUGACACCUGGAGGUCAUCACCAGCAGUACCACCCUCUGCACAUCCCAUGCCAACAGAGCUUAGAAAGUCUGGUCCCCCAAUGUCACCUGAUCUUUGGAAACCUUCAUUCUUUCCUGAACAACGUAAGCCAACUCCUAUGUCUCCUGACCCUUGGAAAUUCCCUUCUGACUCUCGGAAGUCUCCUUUCUUUUCAGAGACUCAGAAGCCUGCUCCUUUUGUUUCUUCUGAGUUCCAAAAACGUGCUUUGUUUUCCGAACCCCGAAAACGGGCACUUUUUCCAGAGUCUAAGAAAUCUGUUCCUCCUCCUACUUCUGCUGAUGUACAAAAACGUCAAUUCUUCCAUGAAAGUCACAUGUCUUUUCCUGAAGUCCAAAAACAUGCCCUGUUUUCUGAACCUCACAGACCACCUCCUGUUUCACCUGAGGCCCAAAAGCAUGCCUUCUUCCCAGAGCCCCAGAAACAUGUUGCAGUUUCUCCUGAAGUUCCAGAGCAUGUUCCCUUUGGAGAACCUCAGAAACCUCCUGUUCUUACUCAUGAAGUGCUGAAGGCUUCUUCAGUUUCUCCUGAAAUUCAGAAACAUGCAAGCUUCGCUGAACCACAGAAGGCUCUUCCAGGUUCCCCUGAGAAACUACGGCAAGGUUUCUUUGCUGAGCCUUCAAAAGGUUCUCUUUCACUUGAGCUCCAAAAACCUGCUCCUAUGUCUUCUGAUCCAAAGCAGAACUUUGGUUCUGAUGUCCACAGACCACUGGAAACAGCAGGCAGGGAAGUUCACAAAACUGCUGUCUCUGACUUUGGUCAGUCUGCUGCACCCAUUUUUUCAGACUUGCAGGCACAUUCCGAAUCUGGUAAAGAUUUCUUCGCUGAGCAGCCAGAAGGUGAGAAUCCAUUCAGUAGUCUGUUAGCUCCAAAGGAGCAGCUUAUACAAGCCAAGGAAGCUAAAGAAGAAGUAUUAUUUUCUUGUCCAAAGAAGAAACCGAAGAAGGAAAAUCAGGAAACUGCAAAUAUAGACCUAAAUAACAGUGGGAGUGGAAAUAAUGAAAUGGAUACCUCUGAAGUUAAGGAGCAGGAAUCAAACAGUGAUCAAGAACAGUUUGAUACAGAAACUUCUGACCUCAACAAAGACACUAAAAUUGAUGCAGUUACUCCCACUCAGCCUCAGUGUGUGCUGCAGUUUACGGAAGAAAAGGAAGCCUUUAUCUCAGAAGAAGAAAUAGCAAAAUAUAUGAAGCGUGGCAAAGGCAAAUAUUAUUGCAAAAUUUGUUGCUGCCGGGCUAUGAAAAAAGGUGCUGUUUUGCAUCAUUUGGUUAACAAGCAUAACGUUCACAGUCCAUACAAGUGUGACAUAUGUGGAAAGGCAUUUCUCUUGGAAUCUCACCUUAAAAACCAUGUUGCUGCUCAUGGUCAGAGUUUGCUUAAAUGUCCACGUUGCAGUUUUGAAUCAAACUUUCCUAGAGGCUUUAAGAAGCAUCUAACCCAUUGCCAAAGUCGUCAUAAUGAAGAGGCCAAUAAAAAACAGAUGGAUACAAUAACUGAGCCACCUACUCAGAGUGAAGAGGCCAAUAAGGUGCCAGUUGAUGGCACCGAACCAUUGAACGAAUCACUUAUCGAAUCACUUACUGAACCACAGAUUUAAUCAUAUUUAUUUUGGAAGUUGAAGAAUCUCCAAAAAUGUUAGCUUGUCAGUAAUGCGGUUGAACUGUUUUAUGCAACUAUAUCAGCAUGUCACAAUAAACAUGAUGGCCACAAUUAAAUGCGAAAUUAAGUGCACUUAACUCAUUUAUUUAAAUGGGCCCUAGUUUGCUUAACACUGCUAUAUUGUAGCCAUUAGUUUGCAGAAAUAGUAAACCCAGAACUACCAAAGUAAUAGGUCUGUACUGGAUUGUAUGGAGUGCUGUUUUUAAAACAAAAAAAUGGAGAUUAAGUCAUGGACAGAGCAGCCAAUGAGUUAUUACAAAUGCUCUGGCAACAGAAUUAUCACAUUCUGAGCCGUGACACAACUUCACUACCCAUAACAGAAGGUUGGAGGUGGUGAGAGACAGAAGGAGCAGAGCCCAGAGGUGGUGUACAUCUCCCUCUACCCUACAUCCUGGGUUUGUGUCCAGGGAAUGUGGGCUUUUGAUUCCCUGAUCCACAUGCUCCCACAAACAGCUCCUUUUUGCCAUCUCCACUGCAGCAGUAGCAGUCCUUUCAAUGGUGGCUGGAAGGGCACUCCUAAGAACAGACCUCUUUGCCUGCAAGAGGGAGACUGCUGCAGAAUCCUAUGACUCCUGUGAUUGUUGAAUAUUUGUGAGCAUCUUUUCCAACUCACAAAGUGUCCAGCAUGCUCCUCUGCAUGCUCUACUCUGCGCAGCGUUGUCAAGCCUUUUGUGGAAACAAUCACCGAUGCAAUAAACUCGCUUCACACCCAUGGUACAGGCAGUAAGGUUUAUUUCCGGUUUACAGCUUAAUGAUUUUGUACAUCAUUAACCCAUACAUCAGUUGCUAGCAUGCUGCAUCUGGAGAUGGCCCUCCCCCUCACCGCAGGGAGAAGAGCAGCAAGAGAAAAUGAACAAACUCAACUCUUUCAAUCUUAUAUAGGCCCAGAGACAGGCUGCGCAUGAACAUUACCUGUGCUUCUGACCUUGAAGCCUCCCGCUAUUAUAUUGUUUACAUUAUACUGUGUAGAUACAGAAUUACUACUAGUUUCAGUUUCACAUAUACCAACAACCCCCUCGGUCCUUAUCGGAACUGGAGUACAGUAUACAAAAAAAACCUAUGCAGUAUGCUUAUUCAGACCCAAUUGCAAACACAUCUCUCAUGUUUCUGAAACUUGAAAGCCUUGGUUAUGCCAUCAACAAUAUUCUCACUGGGGCAAUAUUUCAGUUUCACUAGACCUUGUGAGAGAUGUUCACAAACACUUUGAAAUUUAAUUUCAAUAUGUUUUGUUCUGUUCUUAAAUUGUCCAGAUUCUGCUAGCUAUACCUUGUCUGCAUUUUCCCAACCCUCCCAACAUUAUAGGUUUGCACUAUGGUUUUCUAAAUUACUAAAAUAAGCAGCUAGAAUAGCAGAAAUGUGGCAAUUCGCCCAAUCAGUUUAACUCUCCAAAUCCAGUUUUUUAUUUGAAAUAUAUUGAAUAGCUCAAUAUUUAGUGUAAACAUCACAGAACUGAAAUUGUUUUAAAUUGUGCAUGGAAUAGUAUAGUAAUUUGUCUUGAAUCAUAAGUAGUGAUCAUUUUUAUAAGUAUUGCAAGGAAAAAUCAAUGUUUGCACCUCAAUAAAUUUGCUUGUUUAGAUUUUUUAAGUAGUUGUGCUUCUGCUCUCUAUUUGAAGUGCAGAUUAAUGUGUGUGAAAUAGCUAGAAUAAUGUCAUAUGUAUUGGACAUAUAUAUGCUGUCUUGUAUUAUUGUUCUUUAUAAUUUGGGGAAUGCGUUCUAAGUAUUGUUUUCUAUUCUUCUAACAAUAAAAAUAAUCUCUGCA